AUGUCAAGUUCUGUGAUUGUUGUCGGUCUUUUGAUGGGGUUGCUGGCUUUGAGUUGUGCUCAACUUCUGCCUCUGGAAGAAGUGAAAACUCUUGAAACAAUUUCUAGAAAAUUACAUAACCCUCACUGGAAAAAUAUCAGCCAAACUUCUUGCCAAGAUGGUGGGGUAGGCUUCUUCAAACACUUCACUGCCCACAUUUUUAGCAAUGUCACUUGCAAGUGCUCCUUUGCAAACAACACUUGCCAUGUCAAAAUCAUCAAGCUGAAGGGUCUGAAUUUAACCGGAGUUAUACCUGAGGAAUUUGGGGACCUUACUCAUUUGGAAGAAAUUGAUCUCACUCACAACUACAUUAGUGGAUCAAUCCCUGCCAGCCUUUCUCGGUGUCCCAUUCGUUCUCUGUAUCUUUUAGGGAAUCGACUCAGCGGUUCAAUUCCUGCUGGUGACUUUACAUUGCUCAGAGAGCUGGUGUUGGAAGAUAAUCAAUUUGAAGGGCCUCUUCCGCAAAACCUUGGGAGGUUGACUCACUUGGAAAGACUCCUUCUUUCUGCGAACGAUUUUACUGGUACAAUACCAGAGUCGUACGGAUAUCUAAAGAACUUAAUUGAUUUUAGGAUAGGUGGGAGCCAAUUAUCAGGAAAGAUACCUGAAUUUAUUGGAAACUGGAGUAAACUUCAAAAACUUGAUCUGCAAGGUACAUCCAUGGAAGGCCCUAUUCCUUACACCAUAUCUUCAUUGAAAGACUUAAAGGAAUUGAUGAUAUCUGAUUUGGAUGGACCAAGUAUGCCUUUUCCUACUUUGAAAUAUAUGAAAAAUAUCCAGAUAGUGAUUUUGAGAAAUUGCUCAAUUAGUGGUACAAUCCCAAAUUACCUUGGCAAGCUGACAAAGCUAUUAAUAUUGGACUUGAGUUUUAACAAGUUAACAGGAGAAAUUCCACAGACGAUUGAACGUGCUCACCAUCUAUCUUUCCUGUGUUUGAGCAACAACAUAUUGACCGGAGAAGUACCAAUUGGGAUAUUGCAAAGCAAACGUGACCAGGACUUGUCAUACAACAAUUUUACGGGAUCACCUUCCGUCAGCUGCCAACAUUUGACUCUGAAUCUAGUUUCUAGUCAUUCGUCUCUAGAAAAUUCGUGGUGCUUGAAGAAGGGCCUUCCUUGCUCCUCAAAGCCUAAAUACCAUUCUAUAUUUAUCAAUUGUGGAGGGAGGAAGACGAAAUUUGAUGGUCAUACAUAUGAAGAGGACUUAAGCACUCUCGGACCAUCAAGCUUUUUUUCGUCGUCUCAAAAGUGGGGCUCUAGCAGCACGGGGCUGUACAUGCACAAGCCUAAUGCAAAUUACAUUGCAACAAAUGUGUUAUCUUUAAAUAUCACCGGUCCAGAUUUUUAUCAAACAGCGCGCAUUGCCCCUGUAUCACUCAAGUAUUAUGCCCUUUGCAUGCUAAAAGGCAGAUACAAAGUGCGGCUCUACUUUUCCGAAAUAAUGUUCACAAAUGACCAGACAUUUAGCAGUCUCGGAAAACGCUUAUUUGACAUCUCAAUUCAAGGGAUUUUGGUCCAGAAAGACUUUAAUAUUAUGGAUGAAGCAGGAGGUGUUGGUAAGGGAAUUGUCAAAGAGUUCGACAAUGUUACUGUUCUUGGUAGCACACUGGAGAUCCACUUAUAUUGGGCAGGAAAAGGAACGACUGCCAUUCCUUAUAGAGGUGUCUAUGGGCCUCUUAUAUCUGCGAUUAGUGUGACACCAAACUUUGAUUCUCCAACAGAAAGUGUAAGCACCAUACCGCAUGGUAGGAUUGGGGGGUGCGUAGCAGUUGCCAUCAUAUUAACAGUGCUGGUUAUUCUUUGGAUCAAGAGAUGCCUCGUAGGACUACAGAAAACAUUGGAGGAUGAUUUGAAAGGUGUGGAACUACAAACUCGUAAGUUUACCUUUACGGAACUUAAAGAUGCCACAGCCAACUUUCACCAAGCCAAUAAGAUUGGUAAAGGUAGUUUCGGUACUGUUUAUAAGGGCAUUCUUGCUGAUAGAACACAGAUUGCUGUUAAGCAGCUUUCUCCCGAAUCAAACCAAGGAGAGCAUGAAUUUUUUAAUGAGAUAGAGAUGCUACAUGUUUUGCAACACCCUAAUCUUGUAUACCUAUACGGAUAUUGUAUUGAAGAAAAUCAGUUAUUCCUUGUCUACGAGUACAUGGAAAACAAUAGCGUUUAUCAUGCUUUGUUUGAAGAAAGUCAGUUGGAUUUGGAUUGGGCAACGAGGCGUAAGAUAUGUGUUGGUAUAGCAAAAGGUUUGGCUUACCUUCAUGAUGGAUCAAGCUUGAGGGUUAUUCAUAGAGAUAUCAAGGCUUCGAACGUAUUGCUUGAUAAACAUCUUAACCCGAAGAUAUCGGACUUUGGAUUGGCUAAACUUGCCGAAGAGGAUAAAACACAUAUAAGCACCAAUCCUGUUGGAACUCCUGGCUACAUUGCACCAGAAUAUGCAAAUCUGGGUCAUCUUACUAAUAAAGCAGAUGUUUACAGCUUUGGAAUUGUUCUACUAGAGAUUAUUAGUGGGAAGAAGAAAUCAGAUAAAAAAGGAUUCUAUAUUCUUCAUUGGGCGCAUGAUCUCAAAUCGAAAGGGAAUUUGAUGAACUUAGUGGAUCCAAGGUUGGGCUCAGAAUUCAACAAUGAAGAAAUGAUAGCUACAAUCAAUGUGGCUCUCCACUGCUGUAAUUCAACUUCAAAGUUUAGGCCUACCAUGUCUGAAGUUAUGAGCAUGCUUGAAGGUGAGGCUGCUGUUCAAGAGUUCGUCUUAGACCCCAAUCCCUCAUCAAGUAAUGAGAGGGAUCCAAUAGUGAAUGAAGUUUUCCAGUCUGUUUUGAGAGGGGGCGCUGGGACACUUGAAGGGCCAUCGAAUGAUUCAGAUGCAGCUCUUGAUGAUAUCCAUCCAGUCAAUCCGCAUCCAGGCCACCAAGACAAUAAAAAAGGAAGAAAAUGGCAAAGUUAUUAG